AUGUAUGGUGAUACUGACAUGGAAGCACAAAUUCACCAGCUGGAGCAAGAAGCAUACAGUUCAGUUCUAAGAGCCUUUAAAGCUCAAGCUGAUCUCAUUACUUGGGAAAAGGAAAGUCUGAUAACAGAACUUAGAAAGGAGUUGAGGCUAUCGAACGAGGAGCAUAGAGAACUUCUAGUUCGGGUUAAUGCAGAUGAUGUCAUACGGAGGAUAAGGGAGUGGAGACAGGCUGGUGGGGCUCAACUUAGCAUGCUCAGUACUGUGCAAGCAGCUCAUGAUCCAAUACCCAGUCCUACUAUCUCUGCAUCUCGCAAGAAACAGAAGAUGACCCAGUCAGUACAUUCACAGUCCUUUGUUGGACCAUUGCCACCAUUUCAUCCACAGGCUACCGCAUCCCACCAGCCAUCUUCAUCUACUCUUAAACGAGGGUCUGUCCCAGCCCCAACCCCAGCCCCAGGAGCCAAGGGAAAGAAACAUAAACCUGGUCAAAUUUUACCAGGUGCUUCUUUAAUGAAGCAGUUCCCUUCCUCAGGUCCGACAGGAAGAGGUCAAGUUUCGAAUAGAAUCUCUUCUGGUGCCAUUGUCAAUGAACCUGCUGAAGGAACGACAUAUGAUCCCUUGAAUGGCAGGAAAGUAAGGACUAGGUGGCCUGAUGACAACAACUUUUAUGAAGCUGUUAUAACGGACUACAAUCAAGCUGAGGGACGACAUGCCCUAGUCUACGAUAUUAAUUCUGCAAAUGAAACUUGGGAGUGGGUUAAUCUAUCAGAGAUAUCUCCCGAGGAUAUUCAAUGGGUAGGCGAAGAUCCUGGAAUAUCUCAUCGUGGGGGUUAUGGUGGAUCUGGUCAUGGUAUUAACAGAUCUGUAGGCCGUGACAAUGUUCCAGUUCCUGGAAGAGGUAGAGGGAUCCCAAAGGGUCAAUCGAGAAAAGAUUUUCCACCGUCACAGAAUGGCAUUGGAAAGAAGGCUCCAGAUGAUAUACAGUUACUUCACACUGAUACUUUAAUUAAGGAGGUAGAGAGAGUCUUUGGUGCAAAUCAUCCAGACCCUGUUGAAAUUGAGAAAGCGAAGAAAGUGUUGAAAGACCAUGAACAAGCACUUAUCGAUGCAAUUGCAAAGCUUGCUGAUAUUUCUGACGGUGAAAGCGCUGACGGUGCCCAGCAGUUCUUACAUAGGCAACCAAUGGAUCGAGAAUGA